UGUAGAGGAGAGGAGAGGAGAGUGACAGGAGCGUUACUUGAAUUGAAACCGGCUUCAUAACCGACAACUGUUCCGAUCGAUUUCAUUCGUCGACGCGACGCGGAAGCUUCGUCGUCGCCUAUCCGCUCCAUCAUGGAAGCCCUGAUACCUGUGAUAAACAAAUUGCAGGACGUGUUUAACACCGUCGGUGCUACCGUACUACAACUGCCGCAGAUCGUCGUUCUGGGCACGCAGAGUUCAGGAAAGUCGUCUGUAAUAGAAAGCUUGGUGGGCCGUUCUUUCUUACCACGAGGGACUGGUAUUGUCACGCGACGUCCAUUAAUAUUACAACUUGUAUAUACACCCAAAGAUGAUCGAGAACACAGAAGUGCAGAGAAUGGCACUCUGGACUUGGAGGAAUGGGGAAUGUUUCUGCAUACAAAGAACAAGAUUUACAAAGAUUUCAACGAUAUUCGUGCAGAGAUUGAAGCAGAAACUGACAGAAUGGCUGGGGCAAACAAAGGGAUUUGUCCAGAACCAAUUAAUCUUAAAAUAUACUCGAUGUCUGUUGUUAAUCUGACGCUUAUAGACCUACCUGGUAUCACAAAAGUGCCAGUAGGUGAUCAGCCAGAGGACAUCGAGUCUCAGAUACGUGAGCUGGUAUUAAAGUAUAUAUGUAGUCCUAACUCCAUAAUUUUAGCAGUUGUCACUGCCAAUACUGACAUGGCUACAAGUGAGAGUUUAAAGCUCAGCAAAGACGUUGAUCCAGAUGGCAGACGAACAUUGGCAGUCGUUACAAAAUUAGAUCUCAUGGAUGCUGGGACUGAUGCCAUAGAUAUUCUAUGUGGUAGGGUCAUCCCAGUUAAACUGGGUAUUAUAGGUGUAGUUAAUCGUUCUCAGCAAGAUAUAAUGAAUAACAAAAGCAUUCAGGAAGCAUUGAAGGAUGAAGCCACAUUCAUGCAACGUAAAUAUCCAACGUUGGCUAACAGAAAUGGCACUCCAUACUUAGCAAAAACUCUUAAUCGUUUGCUUAUGCAACAUAUUAGGGAUUGUUUACCAGAGUUAAAGAACAGAGUGAAUACAACGGUAGCGCAAUAUCAAACCCUAUUUAAUUCUUAUGGCGGGGAUGUCGAAGACAAAAGCCAAACCUUGCUACAGAUCAUCACGAAAUUUGCAAACAGCUAUUGCGCUACGAUAGAGGGAACGGCGAGAAAUAUAGAAACCACCGAGCUGUGCGGUGGCGCUCGCAUUUGCUAUAUAUUUCACGAGACGUUUGGUAAAACGCUCGAUUCGAUUAAUCCACUGGCAGACCUCAGUAAAGUCGAUAUAUUGACCGCUAUUCGCAACGCAACUGGUCCAAGACCAGCUCUCUUUGUGCCAGAAGUCUCCUUUGAGCUGUUAGUUAAACGGCAAAUACGAAAAUUGGAGGAUCCUUCGUUACGUUGUGUAGAACUUGUACACGAAGAAAUGCAAAGUAUAAUACAGCAUUGUGGCACUGAGGUGCAGCAGGAAAUGUUGCGUUUUCCUAAAUUGCAUGAGCGUAUCGUCGAUGUUGUUACACAGUUGCUACGUAGACGACUCCCACCUACCAAUUCAAUGGUAGAAAACUUGGUCGCCAUAGAAUUAGCAUACAUUAACACUAAGCAUCCCGACUUUCACAAAGAUGCAGCAUUUGUGUCAUCUUUACUGAAGGACACUGAUGUAGAUCACCUGAAGCACAAUAAACGAUUAACUUCAGCAUCUAGUACUAUAAUCACCAAUGACACGAUUGUAAAAUCAGUCAAUAAUCAAGAUGAGAUGAACUCUGUUUCUGAUCAGACUAAGGAACAGCAAGGACAGCAAAAUCACUGGCUGCUAAGUAACUUAUUACUCCAGGGAAGAACGGAGUCAACGAGUUCCGCGGAUGGUUCUCCGAUCAGGAUGCGUGAAAACAGUAACUCCCCAAAUCCGAGCAUGAAUCCAAUGAUUGAACUACAGAAGGCAUCUCCGCAACAGAAACCAGUAAAUCUACUGCCUGCGGUACCAAUACAGACAUCCCGAAAACUUAGCGAUCGUGAGCAACGGGAUUGUGAUAUUAUCGAAAGACUCAUAAGAUCAUAUUUUUAUAUUGUACGAAAGUCUAUUCAGGAUAGUGUACCAAAGGCUGUUAUGCAUUUCCUAGUCAACCAUGUGAAAGAUAAUUUACAAAGCGAACUUGUCACACAUUUGUACAAAUCAGAUCAGGCUGAAGCCUUGUUGAUUGAAAGUGAACACAUUGCUGUUAGGCGUAAAGAAACAGCAGACAUGCUUAAGGCAUUGACUCAAGCAGGUCACAUCAUUAGUGAAAUUAGAGAGACACACAUGUGGUAAUUGAAUGCCUAAAUCUUUACAUCACCG